AGCUAUUGGAAAACCAUCUAACUUUCCUGUUGGUACUUCUUCUAACAUUGUGCUGUCAAACACACCAGGGACCUUUACAACCCCUACUCUACUAACAGUGCCUAACCCAAGGAGCCCUGUUCCCUUGACAACUUACCCUAAGGACCCCUUAAUCUCAACAUCUUACUCUAAAGUGGAUGAGAAUGAUAAUCCCAAGCAGCAAAACGAUAAACCCAAACAAAACGACAGGCCCAAGAAACAGGAUGAUGAUAAUGAUGUACAUAUUUUUAAACCCAGCCCAAAGGUUCCCUCGGUUUCUUUAACAGAAGCUCUUAUCCCAUUAGAGCCUGAAUACCUUGUCACCACUAGCUCCCCACACAUGCUAAAGAGGUCUUUUUUAUCAGUGGAAUCCCAAUGUUCAUCUGGGGAGUCUGAACCCAUUCCACCUAUAACAAAUGAGCUGGUAUUUCAUACUGAUGAUGGUGCUGAAGUAGAAACUGACAUUAACACUGAUGAUAACCAAACUUAUGGCACUGGUACUGAUUACAGAACUCUGCUAGAUGUUAACCAGACCUUGUCUCAAUCUGCUCUACAGCUUGGUGGCACCUUUUCUGAUUUUAACAUUGGUAUAGUUGCUAUAUCUAAUAUUUUCUUAAUAUAAAAUGAUUGCACUGGUUUAUGUUGUGUUGGAUCUACAAGUAGGCAAAUUGCAUUUUUAACAUUGCUUGCAGUAAAUUUGGUCUUAUGUAUGUUGCAUGGGGUAUAAAAUUUACAUAGUUAUACAUUGAACUUCUUUGACAUAUUCCAUCA